AUGAUGUUCUUUAUUGGAAUCGUUUUUGCUGUACUUUUUCUAGUUAUAGUGAUUAUCUUACAUCGAAAUUUAGAUAAGAAAACUGUUUAUAAAAAUCUUAAGGGUAAGCAUGUUGUUGUCACGGGAGGCUCGAGCGGCAUUGGCGAGGCUGUGGCAGUUCAAGCAGCUCAAUUGGGAGCUAACGUUACGGUUAUUGGUCGCGAUGAGCACAGACUUCAAUCAAGCGUUUAUGAAGUUCAAAAGCAUUGCCCUCUUUUCAGUGGGCAAAGAGUUCAAUACGUUGCCUUAGAUGUUACAUCGGACUAUGACUUGAUCGAGUCAAGUUUAUCGCAGUUGGAAGUUGAUGUUGGUCCAAUAUUUAUGUUAAUUAACUGUGCUGGAAAAUGCAUAUGUGGGCAGUUUGAGAAAAUGGACAUUAGGGAUAUAAAACAUAUGAUAGAUUUAAAUUAUUUCGGUACUGCCUAUCCUACAAGAUAUGUUCUACCAGGAAUGAAACAACGUAACGAGGGUUCUAUUAUAUUUGUCUCUUCGGAAGCUGCAUUGAUAGGUAUAUAUGGAUACAGCGCGUAUAGUGCAGCCAAGUGGGCUGUGCGAGGCCUAGCAGAAUCUGUCUUAAUGGAAUUAGUAGGAACUAAUGUGAGCCUGACACUUGCAUUCCCCCCGGACACCGAUACUCCUGGAUUUAAAGCUGAAGAACUUACAAAACCUAAAGAAACAAAGCUUAUAUCAGGCACUGGAGGUCUUCUUACCCCUGAAGAAGUAGGAAGAAAAAUGAUCAGGGACGCGAUGAAAGGUAAAAGAUACUCAACGUUUGGAUUCAGUGGUCACCUUUUGUCACUUUUGUACUGUGGUACAAUUGACAGUGUGUCACAAGUCCUGAUCCAGAUAUUUUCUUUGAGUUUACUAAGAGCUGUUAUGGUCUGGAUACAGUUGUCUUUUCACAAGAUUGUGAGAGACUGUUUGAAAGAAAGACAAGCCGCUGAAAAGGUAAACGAAAAGACCCAAUAAUGUUAAAAAAUGUGUCGUCUUAUUUCUUAUAAAACUUAUAAUAAU